CUGUUCUAUUGACAUCGCUUUUUAUUUACUGUUUGGCCGAGGAAAACCAACUACGCUAUUUGGAUUUUUUUAAAUUGAAGUUCAGGUUUGGGUAAAGGCCUCUGAAACCUCUUUUAUAAUUCCUUGAAAUAAUCUGCUUGUGUUUUUUAUUUAUAAGAGUCUUUUCUGCAAAGGAAAGGGCAUGGGCCUGAUAAUAGUAGAGAUAGUGCCUCUGACCAGAACCGAAGUAGUCAAAAGUGACUCUUCUCAUAGGGUAGUUAAUGUGCUGGGUAAACAAACUGGGAAAUAGGGAAGUAAUUUUCACUCUUUUCAGUUAUAGGAAUUGAACAAUAAUAGGUAAAACUUUCAGACUGAGGUAUGAUUUCUUUUUUCCUGUUUAACAUUGUCACUUGAAGGCACGAUGUGGGUUAAACAUCAAACAUUCUGUUAUUAAUAGCCUAAAACCCAAACAAAAGUUUCUGUUUAAGAAAAACCUGGCUUCUUUGCAGGGAUUCCAUAUUUUCUCUCUGUCAUCUGGAACAAAGUCACUUCCACUUUUUUUUGCAAACAAUGUAUAGGUAAAUCAAUUUAAUUCUUCAUUUGUCCCGUGAUAAAACAAGAACACAAUGUUUGUGAAAACACUGUGGAGAAGACUUCGUUUUUGCUUUCAAUUGGAAUUAAAACAUUAAGUAAAGCAACCACGUAUAUCAGUCUUAGAUCUAGUUGUACUUGAGGAAAACUUAAACUUGGGGAUCAAAUUUGAUCUGAUGACAAUGCCCUUUCAAUAUUAUGAUUGCACCUUUGAUACAGAGUCAGAGCUCACCCCUCUUGAAUCUGCAAUCGGUGUGCUGGAGCUGAUUGAGAGAGAAUUCCCUGUGUCUGAGGUGGCAAUGGAAUCUGUUAGAAAAAUGGUGAAGCAAGCUGCUGUUAUCAUUUGUAUUAAAAAGAGAGAGUUUGAUAAAGCCUCAAAAAUUCUGAAAAAAACCAUGGCAAAGGAUCCCAGCACCCAGAAACUGAGGACAGAGUUGCUCAGCAUUAUCCGUGAGAAGAAUUUGUCUCAUACGAUGAUCCGAAAUUUUUCCUACAAGACUUUUCAGCAGAGUGCGUUCCAGUUCUUGGAGACCUACCUGGAGGAUUCAGAGCCCUUUCUCUUGACAAUGGCGAAAAAGACUUUGAAUUCAGAAUAUAUUGGUGAAACUAAGAAGCUGGCAUUCGUUCCAGAGCCUGUGGAAGUAGCUAAGCAACCACCAGUGGUCGCUCCAGACAGUGUGGAAGUAGCUAAGCAACCACCAGCGGUCGCUCCAGACAGUGUGGAAGUAGCUAAGCAACCACCAGCGGUCGCUCCAGACAGUGUGGAAGUAGCUAAGCAACCACCAGCGGUCGCUCCAGACAGUGUGGAAGUAGCUAAGCAACCACCAGCGGUCGCUCCAGACAGUGUGGAAAUGUCUUCAAAUGACUUUGAGAGGCAGCCGCCUGGAACUGUAACCACAUAUGGGAUUUCUGCUCUGAGAGAAGCUUUCAAGACCUUGUCAAAUUCCCAAGAUUCUGAUGCAGCCUUUACCAAACUGGAUGAAACAGACUUUUCUUUCCCCAAGCAAUUGUCCCCUUCUGUAUCCCACAGACUCAAGAGGCAGAGAGAAGAGGAGAAUCCACCCUUGGAGACCUCAGACAUACCUAAAUCACCUCCAAAGAGUAAACGCUUGUUCACUAUAAGCAGACUGAUUAUGGAGCAGGACAGCCAGAGCACUGAGCUGAGUGAGACGCCAGACUCAUCCCAGGAGCCAGUGGUAUCUUCUGCAUUCAGGACUCUUGUUCAAAAGCCACAUGUUCAGCGUGUAUCUUCCAGAAGUCCCAAGCCACUGAAAGCAAGAUGGAACACCUCGAACGGGCAAGAAGAAAAGGACACAUGGAGUGAGGAAGAUGAGCUCUUCCUGGACAAGAAGUCCCCUGGGAGAAAUAGCCACAGCUCUUCAAUCCUCGGUUCCAAGAAACAGAGGUGGACAGUACAGGAAAGCGAGUGGAUCAGAGAAGGAGUGAAGAAGUUUGGAGAAGGGAACUGGAAAAUCAUUUGCAAAAAGUUCCCCUUUGAGAACCGCACCUCGGUGAUGAUUAAGGAUCGCUGGCGGACUAUGAAAAAGCUGGGACUCCACUGAAAACAGCAGUUGAGAACUCUUAGAGUGACACUUGCUCUCAUUUCUCUCCAAAAGAUGGACCAAAGCAACAACUGCCAUGGGAGGAGGCUUGUAGUCCCCUUCCUAGCAAUGUGAUAGGAACGAUGUGGAGACUUGUUAUGGCUGCUUGGGAGAGCUGAAUGCUACAGCUGGAAGAAGCAAAGUUUGACUAGAGCUUGUGAAACCUUCCUAGUUCUUGUAUUUAGCUGGAGUCACUAAAUUUAGGUCUUUGUCUGUCAACAGAAGCAACCCAGCCUGAGUAACUAUGGAAAUAGGCUAGUAAAGGUGCUACAAUGCUGACAUGUUGUAUAUGUUCAGAAACAGCGAGGACUCUGGCAGCCUUUGCCCUGUGAGCAUUCGAGCUGGAACCUGAGUGGCCUGUAGCCGGGUCGCAGCUUUCUCUACUCCGAGGCUGGUUGAAUGGCAGGGUAAUCCUGUCACCGACUGUUUUAUCUAUAGUCAUUUUCUUCAACCGAUUGUGAAUCACUUGGCUGAUCGGCUUUCUCCAUCUGCCCCUCCCAGAGGGGCAAGCAGCAGUGUAGGCUGAGCUGUUGCUGAGUUGCCCCGGCAGAAGUAUGGUUUCUUGGCAAGGGGACUGGCGUUGGGUUCCACAUUUCUCUGCUUUGUACAUUUUUAUAUUGAGUGGGGAUUUCUUCCUCCACGUUUUUUUGAUGCUUUAAAAUAGAUGUUUUGUUUUGUCUUUGUGCUCAUUAGUUUCUAGAAUGUUUGGAGCCAGAUGUCAUCAAGUUAAAAGUUAGUGUUCA